CGGAGGACGACACGGAGGAGACGAUAAGGAGGACGAGGAGACGAGGAGACGAUACGGAGGACGAGGAGGAAGAAACUCCUGCUAAACACCAGAGUCAUGGGUCAGUCGACGGCGAGGACGGACUGAGAUUAGACGGAUCAGUCGGAGGAGGAAGGACGGAUGAAGGACGCUUGGUGGGUCGGUGACGGAGCUGAGAUGACGCCAGAGGAACCUGAACCCAUCCGGCCUCCACAGGAAUAACCUCCAGAGGGUCAUCAUGGGAUUGAGCCAAAUCUCCACUCCGGACGUCGGUUUGUUGGCAUCGGUGGCGUCGGCGUCGAGCAGCCAUCCUAACACCUCCGUCACCUCGUCCCUCCCUCCGUCGUCCUGCAGCAUCGACGAAUCCUACAAGUACGUCUUCCUGCCCGUCUGCUACUCGCUGACCUUCCUCUUCAGCCUCACCCUCAACUCGGUGGUGCUGCUGCGCUCCUGCUGCUUCCACGGCGGCGGCGUGCGGCGCUGGAACACCUCGCUGAUCUACAUGGUGAACCUGGCCACCACCGACCUGAUGUACGGCCUGUCGCUGCCCUUCCUGGUGGCGAGCUACGUGCUGAGGGACCGCUGGGUGUUCGGGGACUUCAUGUGCCGCCUCGUCCGCUUCCUCUUCUACUUCAACCUCUACUGCUCCAUCUUCUUCCUCACCUGCAUCUCCGUGCACAGGUACCUGGGGAUCUGCCACCCGAUGAGGACCAUCACUCUGGAGAGCAAGCGGGUGGUGAAGGGCACCUGUGCGAUGGUGUGGGUGGUGGUCUUCAUCCUCACCUGCCCCAUCUUCCGGUUCGCCCAGACGGGAUACGUCUGGCGGGGGGGCAGCGGGGUCGCCUGGCCCGAAGGACUGAGGGAAGACUGGAACGGUUCGGGAUCUCUGCCGGACGACGCAUACACGAACUGCUGGGACGACGCCAUCGACAAGGAGUUCGCUGAUUACGUCCCGUAUGGCAUCGUCCUCCACCUGCUGGGCUUCUUCGUGCCCUUCGUCAUCAUCGCCUGGUGCUACUCUCAGGUGGUCAGGACGAUAUUCCAGACGAUGCGCUCCCCUCCCAGUUCUAUGGAGGGCGGCGAGGACGGACCGGUGGGGGACGGGGCGGCGGAGGGAGUCCGAAACCGGGAGAGAACCUCGGUCUCCAUCUCCGGGUCGCAGUACUCGCACUACAUCCGGCGGCGUAAAUCCAUCAAGACCAUUCUGACCAUCACGCUGCUGUUCGCGCUCUGCUUCCUGCCCUUCCACGUGACCCGAACGCUGUUCCUGCUCCUGCGGCGGGGGCAGCUCGGCGGCUGCAAAGUCAUGAAGACCGUCUCCAUCUGCUACAAGGUCACGAGGCCGCUGGCGUCCUGCAACGCCUGGCUCAACGCCCUGCUCUACUUCCUGACGGGGGACAAGGGCGCCCCCUGCUGCUGGCAGGCGGAGCACGGCGUCCGGCGGGACCAGCGGGGCGGCUCCCUCUGGUGGCCGCUGAAGAUCCUGAAGAAGGACGGCGUGGGGGAGGACGACCAGGAGGCGGCGGAGAAGGUGGAGAGGGUGGUGCACAUGGAGAACGAGUCCAAGUCCUCGAGGGUCGUCCUCUAGAAGGUUUCUGGUCUCUUGAUAUUUGACUGAUUUGUUUUUUGUUUUUUGUGCACCAGGAAAGAAUCAAGCAGCUAAACAGGAAGUUUGUAAUCGAUACCCGGCUGUCGAUCCGUCCAAUUUAGAGCGAAUUUAAAACUAAUUUCCAGAAAAUCUUCAAAAUAAAAGUCUUGUUUCGAACUGCUGUUGUGUGAAUAUUAGAAUAAUAAAUACAAACAGAUGGUCGGUGCCAUUUAACCACCACAGAAGAAGAAGAAGAAGAAGAAGAAGAAGAAGAAGAAGGGAUUAAAGGAGCUUCAGUGAAACCAGUUGAGUUAGUUUGAUGUAUUAAGUGAGGACCGUAACAGUCUCCUCAUCGCUCACGUCUCAUAACUUAAAAAACAAACUUUUUUGUGAUAUUUAAUUAUAUUUUUUUCAAAUAUACGGCAUUUCCAGGAUUUUUUUUGAUGUAAACAAACUUAAUGGAACCACAACAAUACCAACAAGCAGAAGUACUUCUCAAUAACAAUGUUUAAAAAAUUGCACCCAAUUUCUUUUCCAAUGUGAUCGGACUCUUGAUUUCCAGACUUGUUUUUUCCGUCGGUACCAAGAAAGUAUUUCAUACCAAAAAACAUCGAGUCUAAAAGUACAGUACAGCAGGAUGUCCUGAAUGAGAAAUAUGUGGAGCCUGAAAAAUAAUCACUAAAU